CCGUGUCGUUAGAUUGAGCUCCGGCUGUCAAGUGUUUGGCGACAAACCCCACUAGGCUAGCUAGUUUAGCCGUGUUUAUACCCGUGGGAAUGGCGAUCAGCUGAGCAUUUACCACACGCGAGUCGAGGUAAACGUUGUUUAUUAAGCUUAUUGUGCGCCUAAACGACAAGCACGGUGAUUAUUUUUGGAUCAAUUACGUGCGCCAUACAAGUUGUCAUCGACGCUGAAUCUACUUAUGCUAAUGCUAAAGGUUGGGUUCGUGGAGAAGCAGAUCUACAUAAAUUGCUCUCUCUGAAUAUCCUGGCCAGCAUCUGUCAUGUGACCGACUUAAAGAAAACCUGGGGGGAUACCAGUACCAAUCUCAGCUUCUACAUGAGUUAUGAACUUAAACCCCUUCUGGAGCAUGUCUGCCAAUACGAGCCGUAAGAGACCUGAAAGCGAGGACCAAGGCGAGCUGAAAAGCAGCCCUUCCCGGCUGCCCUUUGGCAAGAAGCAGCUUCCAGCCAUCCCCAAGAAUGCGGCUGCCGUCACCAAGCCGGCGGCCUUGGGAAGCCCCGCCCACUCCACAAAUGGCCCGCACGCACCCUACGGCCCCUUUUACUUGGAAUACUCUCUGUUGGCGGAGUUCACGCUCGUGAUUAAGCAGAAACUCCCUGGAAUUUACGUGCAGCCCUCUUAUAAGUCAGCACUUAUGUGGUUUGGGGUCAUAUUCGUCAGACAUGGCUUGUACCAGGAUGGAGUCUUCAAGUUCACUGUGUAUAUCCCAGAUAACUAUCCAGAUGGCGAUUGUCCAAAAUUAGUGUUUGACAUGCCAGUCUUCCAUCCACUUGUCGACCCAGUGUCUGGCGAGCUUGAUGUCAAAAGAGCUUUCACCAAAUGGAGGCGGAAUCACAACCACAUCUGGCAAGUCCUCAUGUAUGCACGUACUGUUUUCUACAAGAUUAACACCUCAGAACCCCUCAACCCAGAAGCUGCUGUACUGUAUGAAAAGGAUGUGCAGUUGUUCAAGAGUAAAGUGGUGGACAGUGUGAAACUAUGCAACAGUCGUCUGUUUGACCAGCCCAAGAUAGACGAUCCUUACGCAAUAAGCUUUUCUCCGUGGAACCCAGCUGUUCACGAGGAAGCGAAAGAGCGAAUGUUCACGUACAAAAGACGACCCGAGGACCACUACAAGGGUACACAGGGCUCGGGCCUGUCCUGGGUCAAACCCGGGUCGACGCAGCCCUUCAGCAAAGACGACAGUCCUCCUCUGAGUUGAAUCCACGCUUGCAGCGCCACUGACCGUUAGGAGAUACCCGCAGCGCCGGCCACACCAUAUUUGUGAGCCAAAUCCUCAAAUAAGGACGUUGUGAAUAUUGCUCAGCUUUAAAAGCAUCGCCCACCAACGGCUUUAGCAUACACAAACCAAGUUUAUAAGGCAAAGAUGACAAAUGGAUGUCUCCGAUGUAGAAUUUAUCAAUUCUUGCAGAUGUUUUAGGAUCCAUAUGCACAUGCUGGCUGGGCUCAGUGACUACAUAGUGUUCUAAAAGUCCAAAAAGAGUGCAGUGGGUGUCGUGAUCUCUUGGCUCAGGACUGCUUUUAUUCAUCAUGCAAGGAAUGUCAAUCACAGCUGGGUAAAGACCAGACUUCCAAUCUUUUAAUCAUUUUUAUUUUAUUUCCGCAAAUCGGUUUUAAACAUGUUACUCAAUAAAGAGACAUUUUUAAUUUGCUUUUUAAAGGUUUGAUGUGUAAAUAAGAGGUUUGUUUUGAAGACAAAAAAUAACUUUUGGGUUUUUUUUUCUUCCCGAUCCAAAUAAAUUACGUACUAAAGCUCCCCGCAUUGACUCCAAAGGUUCGUUUUUGUUUUGUUUUUUCCUCUCCACUGUCUCUCCGACCUGUUUCAAGUUAGUGUCUUUUUAAUUUUAUUUCAUUAAACUUAAACACCGUAGAUGCAUAUGAUUGGUGCUUGAA